AUGUUUGCUGCAAGGCUGGCAUGCCUUAGGGGUCUUCCUACCCUUGCCCAACCAACUCUGACUCAGGCCUCUCCAGCUCUCAGGAGUUCCCCUUUCAAAACAAGACAAUGGCUCAUUCAACCUAACCAGGGUUAUAGUACUAAAACUAGAUUUGGAUUACGUCGUGGUAAAUCUGCACGUGAGGAGAUCAAGGAGGCUGCAUUUGAACCAUCAAUGGAAACAGCAGCUCGUUUUGAUGCAACAGGUAGGUUAUUUGUUGCUGGAGGUGCUGUUGUUGGUCUUGGAGCACUGUGUUACUAUGGCCUUGGGAUGUCCAGUGAAGUCGGUGCAGUUGAGAAAGCAGUAAUUUGGCCUCAGUAUGUGAAAGAUAGGAUCCGGUCUACUUACAUGUACUUUGCUGGCAGCAUUGGUCUCACAGCAUUGUCUGCUGUUGCUGUUAGUAGGUCUCCAGCUUUGAUGAGCCUCAUGAUGAGAGGAUCUUGGCUGGCCAUUGGAGCAACAUUUGCAGCAAUGAUUGGAGCUGGUAUGCUGGUUAGGUCAAUACCUUAUGACCAAAGUCCUGGUGCCAAGCAUCUAGCCUGGCUGCUACAUGCAGGUGUAAUGGGAGCUGUGGUUGCACCAUUAACAUUACUUGGUGGCCCUCUACUUGUCAGAGAGCUGCUUGGUAUACAGCUGGUAUUGUAGGUGGAUUGUCAACUGUAGCCAUGUGUGCACCAAGUGAAAAGUUCCUAAACAUAGGUGGACCGCUUGGCAUUGGUUUCGGCUUUGUUCUGGCAUCAUCUAUUGGAAGUGCAUUCCUUCCACCAACAUCUGCACUUGGUGCUGGACUGUACUCAAUUGCUGUUUAUGGAGGCCUUGUUCUUUUUGGCUUCUUUCUAUUGUAUGACACACAGAAAGUUAUCAAACGAGCUGAAACUACACCCAUGUAUGGAAUGGUGAAAUUUGAUCCUAUAAAUUCAUGCCUGGGAAUUUACAUGGACACCUUGAAUAUCUUCAUCCGUGUAGCCAUGAUGCUGGCUGGUGGAGGAGGGAGCAGGAGGAAAUGA